UUCUCACACACAUAGCAGUGCAUUAAUGGACGCCGCGAAUCGGCAGGAAUGGGGACUCGCAGCCGAGGGCAAACGGGGAGGAAUUUGUGCCACAAAUCGCCAUUAAAUUAAACGUACUCUCCUUACGUUUAGCUCGCCGUGGCGUAUUCCGUGUGAUAUUGUGUAUUACGGGCGUUUUCUCAUAUUUUUAAGACGAAAUCGUCGAAAAAACCGUCAGUUAGCGGGGAGGCUAAACCACUGGGCCUCUCGGGUUUGUGAGCCUGUCAGUUUCACACAAGCCUCCGCUGACGUUCACUCGUUUCCCCGACAGUUUCUACGUCUGUCGACGAAUUUCGCGGUCCGUAUGCCCUGGAAGGGGAUUUAUCCCGAGCACUGACAGUUUUGUGACGUGUUAGAGUUACGGAUUGCUGCGUCUCCAAUGGAUCCAUAUGAAUCAGCUUGUUGAGCCUUGGCGGCGCAUGUGAGGAAGUCACAAUGAAGAGCGAUAUUCCAACUGAUGUGCGACGUAAGCAGGAGACCCUAAAGGGGCCUCUGGCUAACCCUGAACCCAUGGAGACGUCCAAGAGCUUCCCUAGUGAGAUGGAGCUGAUAAGCAAGGCAGGAAGUGAUUUCCCUUCUCCGCUGUGUGGUGAGACCAGGCACCGGCCUUCGCGAGAAGCCGGGGGUCGCAGAGACUGUGAGAGAGGCUUGUCAGCGCGCAAAAAGCGCAAGACCCAGCAGCCCGGACCGUCGUAUUGUUCUUUAAAGGACGGGCAAGUGAGUGAGGGAGCCCUUACUCCCCCUCGCCAUAGGCCGAUGCUGCUAGAUCCACGUAGCGAGAAUGAGAGGAACCCAGAAUCCUCAUUAAGUGACUGUGCCUCCUCGCCCUCCUCCAGCCUUCAGUUUGGUGACUCGGACACUCUUAGCUCAGAGGAGGAGGGUGGGCCUUUAAAUGGCUUGAUGACUGUCAGACAGCAGCAACAGCUCAAGGCUCCUGGUUUAGCCUCUACCGGCAGCGCAGGAGGCGGGACAGGCCCAACAGUGGGCAUGCGGCCUCUACUGCCACGGACUCGUGCCAGCAGGUCGCAUAAGUGGGCACGGCUUGAGCCAGAGAACAAUCACGUAAAACGGCCGUGUCUAAGCUCACGAAGGCCUUUACACAGAAAACGUUUUGUAAAGGGUGGGGCAGGAGGCGGGGCUCAGCGGACUCCAAAGCAAAGGGAGAGAUUACUGCUGCAGAGGAAGAAGCGAGAGGUGAUCGCACGGAAGAAAUACGCCCUCCUGCACAGUACCAGCAGCUCAAGCGAGGAGCUGACUUCUGACUCCUCUCCUUCCUCCACUGAGGCAGAGGAUGAGCUGUAUGUGGAUGUUAGUAGCAGUAGCAGCCAAGCCAGCACUGCGGCUGUGGCCUCAGGUGUGUUGGAUGAAGAUGUGGUUGUGAUCGAAGCAACUCCUGCACCUGCUGUGCCUGCAAAUGAGGAGAUCAAUGUCACCUCCACAGACAGUGAAGUGGAGAUCGUUACCGUUGGAGAUGCCUUCAGGCCGCGCUCAGUGGGGAGUCAUGGCAGGAUGCACUGGGGACCCAGCUGUUCCCAGAGCAGAGCUCAGGAGGGACGUGGCCGCCAUCGCCUGUCCACAGUCAUCCAGCCACUCAGGCAGAGCACUGGAGAGGUGGUGGACCUCACAGUGGAUGAAGAUGAUCUUUCCGUUGUGCCAACCACUUCUGACAGCACACACCCACAGCCGGUCAGUUCUUCCUCAUCAUCUUCCUCUUCUCAUAAUGCCUGUACCUCAGGAUCGCCACAGGAGGGUCCUGGUCCCUCCAGUAGCUGCUCAGCGGCUGCCCCUGAUAGCACACUGGCAGCUCAAAGCCACAGUGGAAUGCCAGGACCCAGAGCCGCCAACACCACUGCCACCGAAGAUGACAGCAGGAGGAGUUUGUCGGGUGAGAACGGAGGUGUGGCGAUGCCCAGGUUACCCUCUUGUUGCCCCCAGCACUCUCCCUGCAGCGCCCCCUCUUCAGGGCACCUUUCCCUGGCACAUACCCACUCGGGUUGCAUGCAGAGCGGGACGACACAGCAGUCCGGCCCCUCUCAAUCUGGCGCCCAGCACUCUCAUGGUCACACGCACCAUUUUCACCAUCAUCACCUCGCCACCCCAGUUCCUUCUUCCCUUGCCUUCCCAGAGUCCAGCUGCCCUCUGGAGAGGCCCACUGCCGUUCCUGCUCCCUGUGGAGGGGUAAGCAGCAGCAACCAAUACCAUGACCAGACUCUACCGGUUGAUCUCAGUAGCAGUGCACUUCGUAGCAGUGGAUCUGGCAGCACAGGGUUCCACAGCACAUCUGCCUUUGACCCCUGCUGUCCGGGCACUGUCUCCCGGCCUUCUGCUUACGUUUCACAGGCCGCACCUGGACCCAGCCAGCAGCCUGUGGCCGACUCAUUCAGCUCAGCCAUAGUGGCCCAACCUCAGCCCCAACCUCCUCAGCUCUCCUCCUGCAGGCACUACAUCCAUCCCCCCUAUGGCACCCUGACUCGCCCCCUGCACCACCAGUCCUCCUCCUCCUGCCCACACUCCCACAACAACGCCCCUCCCCCUCAACAGCCGCCUCCGCAGGGUGACUAUAUUAUUCCUCACCCUGUCCUCCCCUUUCACACCACGCUGCCCUCUCAUGCCCCGGGCCACUCUGCACCACCUGCCCCUCCACCCUCACUUCCUGCUCACCAUCUACCAGGUGCCAGUGCACCCUUGCCUCAGCAUCUACCCCCUGAGCACCAGGCAUUGCAGCACCACCUGCCCGUUCUGGGCCCAAACCCUGUCCAGCGGCUUCACCAGCACGACCUACUGCAGAGGAUGGAGGUUCACAGACGCAGAAUGUUGCAGCACCCAACGCGAGCACACGAGAGGCCCCCACCACAUCCCCACAGAAUGCACCCUAACUACGGUCACGGGCAUCACAUCCACGUCCCACAAACCAUGUCAUCGCACCCUUGGCAGGCUGACCAGAGGACCACAUGGGAGCUGGGCAUCGAGGCUGGUGUUACUGUGGCUCCCUACCCUUCAGGACACUUGCACCCCCAUUUGCCCCACUAUCACACUCCAACUAGACUGCACCAUUUCUCCUUACCACUGGUGCACACCGGGAUGUCAGAGGUGACCUAUCCACACAUUCGUUACAUCUCUUCCAGAAUGACCUUUGGACGCACCUACGAGGAUCUACUGCAUAUAGAAGAGCGACUGGGAACUGUGAAUCGUGGGGCGUCUCAGGGAACCAUAGAGAGGUGCACCUACCCACACAAGUACAAAAAGAAGGUGGUGGAGAGAGACACUGAGGAACAGUUAGCACCUGAAGCAUGGGCAUCUGUGGGGAAAAAUAUGCACUCAACCUCAAACUCGAGAAAGCUGCAUGGUAAGCAAGAAGAAGAUGAGGGGGCAGAGGAGGACACAGAGGAGAAAUGCACCAUCUGUCUGUCUAUACUGGAGGAAGGGGAGGAUGUCAGGCGCCUUCCAUGUAUGCACCUCUUCCAUCAACUCUGUGUAGAUCAGUGGCUUCUCACCAACAAGAAGUGCCCAAUCUGCAGAGUGGACAUCGAGGCUCAGUUAUCUUCAGAGAGUUGAUGCUAUUUUUCUUGCGACCCUUUUGUUGGACAUUUAUUUGUUUUCCUUUUUGUUUUCGUCAGCAAUGCAUUCAACCAAAGACGGCAUGAUAUUAUCUGCGCAACUAUUGGGGAAAAAAGAAAAAACGCGAUCCAGAAAAAAGCAUUGAGCCUAGCGUGCCAGCUAUCAUUUAGUACCAGUACAGCUAGAAACAACAUCCUCAUUAAGGGUUUUGAAUCGUAUUGUAUUUAUAAAGGGUUUAUGUAGCUUUUGUUUUCAUAAGUGUCAUUGUAUUUUAUUUUUGCAUGGUUCCUUGCAAUGCAUUUCUUUGCACAUAUAAUGAAAUGGGCCUUGUAAGGCCCUGAGAACUUGCAGGCGAGGAUUGCUGCUCUAGUAAAGAAGCAUUUUUACAGACCUGAUGCCCUGCUUUACUGGAAUAGAAUGUCAACCUCCAUUUUUAAACAUUGCAGGACUCAAGUUAUUGAUCAGUAUAUUGAUUAGUUUUAUGUUUUAGAUAAUGUGAUCUGAAAUAGAUUUUUUAAGUGAAAUCAAGACAUUCCUUAAUUAGGAAAUAUGAUCAGCUGCUGUAUCAGUGUUCACAUUCACACAAUUUCACUCUUGAUAUGGGAACAUGGGCUGGAGUCCAUUCCAUUUCACUUCAGCUCAUGACCAGAACUAACCGAAUUUAGGAAGUUAGCUCCGUUUGAAGUUUAAAAAAAAAGAAGAAACAUGAAAUUGUAUAAAAGAAUUUAAUUCAUUAGAUCUUUACCAGAAUGAAUUGAAAUGAAUUGAACUUCAGUCCUGAUGAGAACCAACUGCACACUUCUUAAACGUUCACAUGGUUGUGUUCCAUCAAUCCCCUCUCACCACCUCAAUCUGAUGUCACGUAACACACUUCACCUAAUGUAUUUUAAAAAAGAAAGAAAACAUGAAUGUCACCUUUCUGUAUUCUAUUUGUUGUUUUAAUAGUGUCAUGAAGUUGGACUUUGAUUAGAUAAAGGAGAAAGUCGCAGAAAUUUGUCUUGGACUUUACAAUGACUUUCUAUGAGGAUGAAAGACACAGCUACCGUAAAUGUGGAGUACUGGGAAACAGAUUAUUUAUUUCAUCAGGGUCUCCUAGCCUUGUUCAUUUAUCUCUCUUUCAGAAUUGACUCUUGUUAGCUAAUUAUUUUGUCAGAUAUUGUCAUUAACACAUUUGUUCUGCGACUGUGCAGCAAAUUUUCUUUUCAGAUUUUUUAACUACUGUUGUUUUUUCUCUUUUUGUGUCCGAACACUAAUAUUAAUCUCAACUAGCUAACUUGCAUAUACUUGCACAUGAGAGACAAAUGACAGGAGUGCUGUGGAAAUGAGAGUGCGCUGAGGCUGUGUAUUUCCACUCUGUUUGCCGAAUUUUGAGAAAAAAAUGUAAUAAUUUUGAAUUGAGUGUUGGAAUGCAGUACUUGAUGGCAGGUGUCCAUGCAUUCAUAGACUUAAUGGUUCCAGGGUGAUAUUCCAUGGGAUUUAUAUUAGUUUUAAAAUAAUUAAUUAAAGUUAGGUAACUCUUU